UCCAAUCAGCCUAUGUUUUACUCUGCACAUUUUUUAACAUUUCAUAUGCUAAAUUAAUUAAUUAUACUAAUUACAAUAUUUUAAUAGCAACUUUUAUUUAAGUCAGACAACGUGCCAGAGUAUAUAUGUAAUGGUGUUUUAGAUAGAUGUUUAUAUUUAGAUAAUAUUUUGCCUAAAAAAGUUUCUGCUAAAGAAAAAUAUGGGAAUAUUAUGGACGUUAAUCUUGGCACUAGGAGUACAUCAUUCGUCGGCAAUGGAACGCCAUUACUAUAUAGUAGCGAAAGAGGUGGACUGGGAUUAUGCGCCGUCGGGACGGAAUCUUGUUUCGGCGGACAGCGAGGAGUCCCGAGAGCUCAUAGAGCGCCGGACAAAUAGAAUAGGCAGCAUCUACAAGAAGGCAAUAUACCGGGGAUAUACAGAUGAAACGUUCUCACAACCAAUUCCAGUUCCUGAAUGGGCGGGGCUUCUUGGACCACCCAUUAAAGCUGAGGUGGGAGAUGUUGUGUUCAUUCAUUUCCAAAACUGGGCUUCUGGGAGCAACUUUAGUAUUCACCCUCAUGGUUUCCUUUAUAAUAAAGCUAACGAAGGUGCUCUUUACAUCGAUGGGACAAGCGGAAGUGAUAAAUAUGGCGACGCUGUGCCACCAGGUGGGAGUGUAACGUAUGUCUGGUUUGCUGAUAAGAUUCACGCGCCAACUCCUCAAGAUGACAAUUGUGUUGCAUGGGGCUAUCAUUCUCACACACGGUCACCUAAAGACAUUGACACAGGCUUAAUAGGCAUAGCUGUAUUUUGUAGGAAAGGAAUUCUUGAUCGUUAUGGAAAUCGUUUGGACGUAGAUAAGGAACUUUAUCUAUACCCAGACAUAGCCAAUGAAAACAACAAUUGGUAUUUCGACCAGAAUUUACGCCGAUGUGGCGAUCCAAGGGAGUGUUGGCGUCUGAAGGAAACGGAAAAUACUAAAUUUGUUGAGAGCAACAGGAUGCACCACAUCAAUGGAUUCAUCUACGGUAAUUUACCGGAUUUUCCCGUUUGCGAAGGAGAAAGUGUUGUAUGGUAUUUUGCAUCCUUGAACCUUGGAGUGCAUACAAUACAUGCGAACGGACAGACAAUGAUUAUAGAAAAGAAACGGUGUUCUCUCAGCAGAGGAAAAUUUACACUAUUUAAUGUUAGAGCAAGAGAAAAAUGUGACCAUUAUAAGCAGAUUUUAUUGCCCUUUUUCAGAGGUGGUCUGACAAAUAUGAUAUUUGUUAGAAAGUUUGAAGGGAUUAAGUGGGGAGCAGAUAAAUUCUUGCGACGAGGAAGACAACGCAUUGGCUCAGUUUACAAGAAAGCAGUUUAUCGGGAAUACACUGAUGCAACGUUUACUAUGCCGUCACCACGUGGAAGACGAGAAAUACACUAUGGUCUUGCUGGCCCUCCAGUUAAAGCGGAAGUCGGAGAAAGAGUUAUCAUUGUCGUAAGCAACAGGGCAUCAAGGCCGUACUCAUUUCUGGCCAAUGGUGUUUCUAUAACAAAGGCCAACGAAGGAGCUUUCUACAAAAAUAAUCGCUAUGACGAUCGAGAAUCCGGUUUUGUAGUUCGCCCAGGCAGCGUCAGGGUAUAUGAAUUUGAUGUAACAACGUUAGUUGCGCCGACGCCAUUAAACACAGACUGCAUUACUUAUAUGUAUCAUUCCGCCGUAGACCUGAGGAGAGACAUUUAUACCGGACUAUUUGGCCCACUUCUAGUCUGUAAACCAGGAACUUUUUCAUCAAAAGGAAAACAGUUUGGUAUGGAUCGGGAGUUCUUUUUGAACUGGAUGGUUAUAGAUGAGAACCUGUCCUGGUAUAUUGACGAGAAUAUCAACGCUUUCACUGGUGAACCAUGGACAGUUAACAAAGAGGACGGUCAGUUUAAACUGUCAAAUGAAAUGAAAGCGAUAAACGGACGCUCUUUUGGGACACUUCGCGGGCUAAACAUGUGUCUAGGCGACCAUGUUUCAUGGCAUAUGUAUGGUCUAGGACAAAGGUACGAUCACCACCAUUUUAGUUUUGAGGGCAAUAACUUCCUACAUGAUGGCCGAAAGCUGGACACAACUUCUGUGAUGCCGGGAAUUGGACAUACUGUGGUAAUGAUUCCAGAUCAGGCAGGACGUCUGUUGCUACGCACCGGCCAGCUUGGCCAUGAAUCGGAGGGAUUAUUUGCUUGGUAUGACGUCAAUGUCUGUACAGGCAAACAUCCAGCUAUUCUUUCCCCUCGUUUCGUGCCGAUGGUAAAUGGAGUGAUACGGCGGUAUUAUAUCGGUGUCAUUGAGGGUGACUGGGAGUACUGCCCGGAGAAAAUAGAUCCAGUAAAUGGAGAAAGUCUUUUAAAUCCUGACAAGGUACCAUAUAGGUAUGUCCGAGAUGAUCCGAUGUUCGUCGGCAGUGUUUACUACAAGGCUAUCUACAGAGAAUUCACCGACGAAACUUUCUUCCAUAUAAAACCAAGAAGAGCUGAUGAAAAACAUCUUGGUAUCUUAGGACCAUUUAUCCGUGGCAACGCUGGAGAUACCAUUGAAAUAGUGUUUAGGAAUUUUGCUUCUUUUCCCUACAAUAUCGUGCCACGGAAUGUUGUAUUUAAAGAUGGUUCACCAAUAACGUCAGCUUUACCAACAAUGCCAGGACAAAUCCGAAUAUACCGUUACUAUAUUCCAGAAAGAUCCGGCCCUCUUCCAGGUCAGCCGAACUGUUUUGGGUCCAUGUACGCAUCUAGGGUUACUCCAAUGAACGAUACAUACAGCGGAUUGUUUGGGCCCUUUGUUAUUUGUAAACCUGGCGUCCUUGACCUUUAUGGGAGAAGAACGGACGAAGUCACAAAAGAGUUCGCUACUGCUUUCGUCAUCGUGGACGAAAAUAAAAGUAACUAUCGCGACUUCAAUUUUGCGACACGUGCCCCUGCACGACAGAAUACUUCAAACAUUGAAUUUGUUCGGAGCAACAAUUAUAAUACCAUAAAUGGAUUAAUUUACGGGAAUUUGAAAGGGCUGAUUUUUAACGAAGGGGAAAGGUCAGCAUGGUAUAUUUUUGGCAUGGGUUCAAUUUUUGGUAUCCAUACAGUUCAUUUCCAUGGACAGCUUUAUGUGCGGACAGCUUCGUUAACGUUGAAACGAGAUGUCCUAGAAAUUUUCUCUGGAACUUACGAGACUGUAGAAAUGUUGGGGUAUAAUCCGGGUACUUGGCUGUAUCACUGUCAUUUAAGUUUGCACACAACUAACGGUAUGAAAACAACAUACACAGUUUUACCAAGACAACAUAUACGAGGGUUUGAGAAAAUCGGAUUGAAUGAAAAGGGAAGGAAGAAAAUACGUAGAGGAAAUGUUCAGCUGCCCCAAACCACUCCUAGCUUUAUAUACAUAACAGUCUUGUUGUCUGGAGAUAAUGACAGUGUGAAACAGUAUAGGGGUCAGGUCAAGUCAAGCGAACCUAUGGCUUCCAAGGAUAAAUUGUUGGACAGCUGUGAAGAUUUGUCUGUUGUCAGUAUCAGACAGAGAAGUAUCACCAUAAAUGUAGUUGACAUUGGCAGUGAGAUCAGCUUGUUUGCUGAUGAUACUAGCCUUUAUAUUAUUGUUGACCAACCUGAACAGGCAACUCAGUUACUACAGACGGACAUCCAGAAAAUAUCCAGAUGGGCCGAUACAUGGUUAGUACAGUUCAACCCUGCAAAAUCUGAAUCUUUACUGUUUUCUCGCAAAGCAAAUCAACAUUUACACCUACCCCUCUUUAUGGCAGGACUCCAGAUUCCUGAGGUUUCCUAUCACCAACAUCUUGGUGUCACUCUGUCAAACGAUUGUAAAUGGCAUCAUCAUAUCAACUACAUAACAUGCAAGGCUUGGAAAAGGGUUCAUGUUAUGCGCAAGCUGAAAAUGGUCUUAGAUCGAAGAUCUCUUGAAACGAUAUACCUUUCCUUUAUACGACCGAUUUUGGAGUAUGCAGAUGUAAUCUGGAACAACUGCACAGGAUAUGAAAAGGAACAACUUGACAAAAUUGAAAAUGAGUGUGCCAGAAUCGUAACUGGAGCCACAAAGCUAAUGCCAUAUGUAGGCAUUCUUCUUAUACCUGCCCGUUAUGGCAGUGAGAGUGAGGUGCUAUACCGUACUGAGGGCUGCCAGCAGAUUUGUAUCAAAGACAACUCAUAUGCGGCAGCGUUAUAUUAA